UUGGACCGCUUUAGGAAAUGCUAAUUUGAAUAUUUUGACCCACGUUAGAUUCUGCAUUUACAUUUUUUUUUACAGUUUAAGACAAUUUCAGAUGUGUUUGCCAAGCCGAAAAAAAUCUGAUCCACACUGCAUCUUAUUUUCCAUGUGUUUUAGGAGUUCUUCAAGUACAUAUUUUUUGCCAUGUUCAGGCGGAGGCCGAGUCUGCUCAAAUCGAGUUGUCAAUUGCAGUUGUUAAAACUGAUUUAGAGCGUUUGAGGUCAAGGGUCUCUCAACUUGGGUUCCAAAGGCAAUCGACCUGUUAGGUGCCACUGUCGUCUACCAUAAUACAUUUAAUGCUUUCAGCAUUCAACCCCUGACUAUUGUCUUUACACGCAGGAUCCUUGUAAUUGUGCUUCUCUAGAAACUUGCAAAUAAAUGGAGUGUUGAACUCAACAUAUGCUGGAAGGAGAAAAUAAAACAAAAUUGAGAGUGCAACGUUGACACAGUUUAUGGGGCAAUUUUUACUUCACAAGAGGAGUGUCAGUAUUCUGUGUUACUGUUAUGCAUAUUCCCAGGAGAAAAUAUAACAAGGUUGAGAUUGCAAUGGAGUUAAAAAAGAGUUGGUGCGGUUUUACGUAUAAUUUAUAUUAUCAAAAGAGGAACUGUUGGUAUUCUAUGUCACUAUUAUGUCUAUUUCCUGGUCCAUUUUUGGCCUUCAAUCAUGAACUGAUCCUAAAGGAUAAAACCAAUGAUUUAAACAUCAAAAGAAACUUGGUUACUCAAAGAGAGAAAGAAAUUGAAGAACAGUCACAGACUGUAAUUUCAGUACAAAAUCUGAUAGAGGUUUUGCAGGAAAAGGAAUCAGGAAACACAGUUACACUACUAGCAAAGGCUUAUGCUCGAAUUAGAGAAUUGGAGACACAGGUGGAAGGACUCAAGGAAUCUAUAAGAAAGCAAAAGCAAGAACAAAUUUACUUAAAGUUGCAAGCAGAUAAAGCUGAAAAGAAAGCAAAAGACCAAGCAUCCAAAAAUGAAAAGAUUGAAUACUUCGUUUCUGAACAAUGGGUUAGCAUUCAACAAACAGAACAGGCUCUUCGGAUAGCUGAGGCAAUCAUGUUAAAGGCCCAAGCAGAAGUUGCAGACAAGGCAGAUGGUUUGAGCAAGGCUUCUGCAUUAUAUUUAUUUCCUCUAUUUGGAAUGUUUACACUCUUUUCGUUCAUCUUUGGAAUGAGUAAAACAUUUGCCAAGUCUGCUGGAAGUAGUUCCACUCUGAAGACAAGAAGAAAAUCGGAUCGUAGACAUGCCAAGAAGUGGAGUUGAGUGGAAAAUGUGACAAUUUUUGUGUAGUGCUAAAGGCAAUUGGCUAAACAUUUGGUGAGCAACGUAAGCUAGCUAAAGAUAUUUGAAGAGCAAAUGCUCGUCUGUUUCAUUUAUGUUUGAUGUAUAUAAAUCUUGCCAUAGUAGUUUGAUAAUUUAGACAAUUUUUUUCUUCUUUUAAUUAUGACAUGUUCGUUUGCGUACAUUAAGCACUUAAGGAUCUAUUUGCUUGAAAUAUAUAAAAUCUUUUGUGCGGAGGCUA